GGUCACACGGGUCACACGAGACCAGUGAAACCAAACUUCUCACAUUGGCAAUGUAAAAAGUACCGACCUGGUGACUAACUCAUUCGUAUCUAAUUAUAACAACACUGGCAUCCCUCUAACUAGACACAGCAUUGAACAUCUGUGUCUCAAUCUCCAUCGGAAAAUGGCAUCUGGGGUUUGCUCGCUUGGUCUUACUCUCACUUCCUUACUCUCAUCCCACGCGCUAGCACGCCACGUUGUACUAGCCACUCUACGGUGGCGUUCGAUUUCUAUUUCUAUGUCUCCUCCGCUGCGUAUUUCCCGCGCUUUAUCAUCAGCUCCGAUAAGCUCAUCAUCCUUCACGUGGGACGACGUAAUCGAGACCGGUCGGGCGGAGUAUACUACGCCUCAAUACUCAUCCGAUCUCACCGGGUUUCUUCAGAAGGUCGAUCGCUGCAAUCGUGGAUCCGAAAGGUUAGCUGAGUUCAUUCCAUUUGUUAUAGAGGAACAACUCGUUGGUUAUAUUCAUAAAGGAUUUUUUACCGAGCACUUGAGGGAGUUUCAUGAUAUCUUUACAUUUGCACAAAAUGGUUCUUGCCGUGACCGUGUUGGUGACUAUGUAACGCUUAAUCCCAUGUUUCAAAAGCCUGAAGAUAGAACUAGAGCAGUUGCAGAUGUUAUCAAAAUCUUGGCUGACAAAGUAAUCAUUCCAGGAAUACGAAAUGAGCUGUAUCCUGUGAAAUCAUCGUUUAAUGCCCCUGUUCUUUUUUCGCUGGAGCGUGCUGCUGCUCCUUAUUUUGGAUUGAAGGGUUACGGAGUUCAUAUGAAUGGAUAUGUAGAAAGAGAUGGACAAAAAUCUCUAUGGAUAGGUAAGAGAAGUCUGGCGAAAUCCACUUAUCCAGGAAUGCUUGAUCACCUAGUUGCUGGAGGAUUGCCUCACGGGAUCAGCUGCGGGGAGAAUGUAGUAAAGGAAUGCGAAGAGGAAGCUGGAAUUUCCAAAGUCAUUGCUGAUAAGGCAAUAGCAGUUGGUGCUGUUUCCUACAUGGAUAUCGAUCAGUACUGUUUCAAACGUGAUGUGCUGUUUUGUUAUGAUUUGGAACUCCCUGAAGAUUUUGUUCCCCAAAAUCAAGAUGGAGAAGUUGAGAGCUUCAAGUUGAUUCCAGUAGCACAAGUUGCUAAUGUGAUUCGGGAGACUAGUUUUUUUAAGGCGAACUGUUCCCUUGUUAUUAUUGACUUCUUGUUUCGGCACGGGUUCAUCAGACCAGAACAAUCGGGUUACUUGGAUCUUUACCGACGCCUGAGGAAUGGAGAUUGCUCAUAAUUAAGGAUGCUACUAUCUGAUGUUUUACUUAAGUAGAAGCUCAAUCUGGCUAUGUAAUAGGUUCUUGCGUGUAAAUAGAUGCAUUCAUGAUAAUAGUAUGAUGAAAUACACUACAAAGAACAUGCAAAGUUGUAAACCUCAACAACUUAAUUUCUACUCAUGGUUAGAUGUCUUCAUGAA